CCAGCCGGCGGCGCAGAGCACGACUUGAAUAAGGCACACGUGUUUUCCCGUAAACAAUGUCGCUGUGUUGAGCGCCUCGGUGAGAAACUUGUCGUGUUCCAAGACCAUACCUCACCCCCCAGGCUUGAACUGCAGGCUCUCGUAGCCUUCGUGGUUUCUUUCCUGUGCGCGGUGAACAAGGCGAUUGCCCUAGGAGCCUGGAAGCAACGGUGUCGUCCACCGCACGGCCAUGGAGACCGCGCCAAAGCGAAGACCCGCGCAGCUCGUCCUUGAAGAUGGGACUACGUAUGCGGGCGUCUCGUUUGGAAAUCCGAGGUGCAUCUCUGGAGAAGUCGUGUUCCAGACGGGCAUGGUGGGCUACGUGGAGUCGCUCACCGACCCGUCGUACUGCCGGCAGAUUCUCGUGUUGACUUAUCCCCUGAUUGGCAACUAUGGCGUUCCCAGCACUGAGGAGAAGGAUGUGCAUGGCAUUCCCGUCAACUUCGAGUCGCACAAGAUUUGGGCGGCCGGCUUGGUCGUGGGCGAAUGUGUCGACAAGUACAGCCACUGGAGUGCCCACCGUUCCCUGUCGGACUGGCUUGACGCCUCAGCCGUGCCUGGAAUCUCAGGUAUUGACACUCGAGAGCUGACCAAGAAGAUUCGGGAGAAAGGCACCAUGCUUGGAAAGAUUAUAGUGGAAGGCAUGGAAAACACCCCACUGAAGUUUGAAAACCCAAACUUGCUCAACCUUGUCAAGGAAGUGUCUCUGAAGGCGCCCGUUGUGUACAACAGAGGAGGCACGCCAGCUAUCACUGUGGUGGACUGCGGCAUGAAGUACAACCAGCUGCGCUGUCUCAUAUCCCGGGGGGCUUGCGUCACGGUGGUUCCCUGGGACCACCCUGUCGACCCGAAGAGUUGUGAUGGCUUAUUCGUGAGCAACGGUCCGGGCGACCCGACGCAAUGCACUGCGACGAUCAAGAUGUUACAGACGUUUCUUGGAUGCAACGACCCUGCCAAGCUGAAGCCAGUCUUCGGCAUCUGCCUGGGACACCAGCUGAUGUCCCGUGCCAUUGGGGCCGCCACAUACAAAAUGAAGUACGGCAACCGUGGCCACAACCAGCCUUGCCUCUUUGGCGAUUCAGGCCGCUGCUGCAUAACCACGCAGAAUCAUGGCUAUGCUGUGGAUGCGUCAACGCUUCCCUCCGACUGGUCGGCCCUCUUCACCAACGCGAAUGAUCGCACCAAUGAAGGCAUUGUCCACAAGAACUUACCCUUCUUCAGUGUGCAGUUUCAUCCUGAGCACAUGGCUGGUCCAGCUGACCUGGAGUUUCUGUUCGACGUCUUCAUCGAAUCUGUGAAGGACUCCGUCGCCAGCAAAGCUUACACCCCCAUUGAGGAUCGCAUCUCGGCCAAGUUUGCGGCGCUUGCACCGCCCCCCGUCCUUGCCUCCAAGCGGCCCCACAAGGUUCUCAUCCUCGGCUCUGGAGGACUGUCUAUUGGCCAGGCUGGAGAGUUUGACUACUC